CACCAGCUGCCCUGCCCCAUGCGGAAGUGGAUCGUCCUAUCUUCACUGAGCGGAUUUCACAGCGAUGUAUUAAUAGAAUGUAAAGAGUCUCAAACAUUAGGUCCUAGAUUGGACUCAUAAGAUCGAUAACAAAUUGGAUCAUGAGAGGUCAAGUAGAGCACGUGAACAUGAUUUUGACGGCGUGUUUGGCGGCUGUGUUUCUGAACUGUGCGGUCCAAGGCGCUAAGAAGAAGGACGGCGGAGACGACGAAUGGGUCCAUCUUCCGAACAAGUGUGAAGUGUGUAAGUUUGUCAGUAUAGAGAUGAAGUCAGCGUUUGAGGAGACAGGGAAGACCAAGGAAGUGAUUGACACCAACUACCGCUUCAUGGACACCAAGAACACGGCGCCCAUCAAAUAUGUCAAAUCUGACCUGCGCUUCAUCGAGGUGGUGGAGAACGUGUGUCAGCGUCUCAUGGAGUACAGUCUGCACAAGGAGCGCCAGGGCAGCAACCGCUUUGCCAAGGGUAUGUCAGAGACCUUCUCCACCCUUCAUGGGCUGGUGAAUAAGGGGGUGCAGGUUGUCAUGGAUAUUCCCUAUGAGCUCUGGAACGAGACGUCCGCCGAGGUCGCUGACCUCAAGAAACAGUGUGAUGUGAUGGUGGAGCGGUAUGAGGACGUGAUUGAGGACUGGUACAAGGGCACCCAGGAGGAGGAUCUGACCACCUACCUGUGUGAGAAACACGUUCUGCAGGAACAGGACCGAGCCUGCCUGGCGGAGGAGUGGAAGCCCGAGAAGAAGGGAGACCCGGCCGCCCUGGCGGAGGACAAGAAGAGGAAGAACAAGAAGGGAGCGAAGAAGGGGAAGGGCAAGGACAGCUCUGAGCGGGAGGCUCCCACCAAGAAGAAGAAGGAAGAAGGAGAAGAAGGAGAAGAAGGGGAAGAAGAAGAGGAACAAGGCGCCGGUGGAUCGCGUGGAGGAGAACGAGGGGGAGAGGGUGUUGUCCGAGCAAGGUGUCCAGGCCACGGAGCCUCUUCCAGGGCAGAAGACCGAGCUGUAAGCCUGUCUCCGGAGCAGUGCUCCGCUGCCACCACCAGCCUGUGUGUGAGGAGUGGUGUGUGAGGGUGGAGGUCGACCAGGCGGACGCAGUGUGGGCUCCACCUUUCAGGAUCAUUUGACAUCUUCUCUCAACUUCUCUUCCUUGUUGUUGUUUUUUUACCUUUUACAAAAAGAACAAAAAGAAAAAUAUUGUUUUUUCUGUCAGUAUUUCCAGUUUUUUUUUUACAAUUUCCUUAUUUUUUCAUCCUUUAAUUUCUUCUUUAAAGUGGCAGUCUCGGACAUCUCCAACGAUUUUAUUUCAAAUAAUUGACGGUUGGAUCACUAUCUAGCGCUAAAUGAGGUAACACAAUGGUGAUGAGUCUACAUGGCCCACCGGUGAAAUACUAUGAAUGUUACGCACUGGGGGGCCGUAGCAACGUUCUCUCAAUGCAUUCGAAUCCCAGGAGGCGUGUGGUUAGCGAUGUGUUUCCCACCCCCAGCAGAGCUUGGUUUACCAGGGAGUUUAGGCGGAGCUACCACAACAGACUCUCUCUUCAAUUCCCUAGUGUGUGGAGCGGUGGUGUUUUUAGCGCCGAACAGAGAUGUUUGAGAUUGCAACUUGAGGAAGAAGACCCAGAUUGUGUGUUUUGUUCUCUGCUGUAAACUCGAACUCUGCUCCUAUCCUAAUGUGAAAUGUGUUUGUGUGUGUGUGUGUGUGCGUGUGUGCCCAAGGUACUGUGUGAUUGCUGAACUAUUGGCAUAUUUGUUUGUGUUUGUUUGGGCAUGUUUUAAUUAUUUUUUUUUUUUUGGGCUUCUGGCCCAGAUUAAAUUUUUUAUGCAACAGUGAAGGAGUCAAGCGUUUUUCACAAAACAUCAUGACGUCGUCACCCCUGGAACCACGGAUGUCGUCAUCGUCCCUCGCCAGAUUAACUAAGACAUCACACACCCUCCCUCUACAAUAUCAUGGCCUGUUUAUACUACUACUACAUCCAAGGGAAUGUUUGAUUUAUAUGUUGAGGAUUUAGAGAUUUUAAAUAUUGAUCACCUGUUUGUUUCAAGAAAUGAUUUCAUGAUGAUUGUACAGCAGGCCAUGCUGCUUUUAUGUUGGUGUUUGUGUCGUGUUUUUGUAGCCAUAAAUGAUCCAGUGUAAUGCAAGAGUGUGUUAAUAAAGGUUGGGUUUCCGAUUUGAA